GUUACAAAGGGAGUUUGAAACAGAAAAGUGAAUAAAAGGUUACCAACAAUUAAUCAAAGUGUACAAUUUCUUUUUUAUUUAUAAAUGAAUAAUGUAACAGUUCUAUUUUCUUUGAAUUUUUGUUUUGUGUUAAUUCCUUUUUCUACAAAGUUACAUUUUAUUUGAUUUCAUCUUUCUAUUUUAGCAUGAGAAUUUCCCGUUUUAACUCUUACGUUCACUAAUUUCCUUAAAAGCAAAACGAUACUAAUAUGUAUAAAACCCACCAUAUAUGUGGCCAUCAAGACUACUUUGAAUAUACCUUUUUCUCACGUUAUCGAUCCUUUCCAAAAAAAACCACCGUACCUCACCACCAGAGCUCCGACAUGACCACCAGAGACUGCAGCUCUCACCACAGCGACGCUUCCCGUCGCCGUAAAAUGAUCCGCCGUUGUGGCUGCCCAAUAUUCAUCUUAUUCGUAAUGCUCAUCAUAUUUUUAAUAGCCUUUGCAAUCCUUAAGCCGUCGAAGCCACGAUUCAUCCUCCAAGACGCCACCGUCUUCUCCUUCAACGUCUCCGGCAAUCCACCGAACCUCCUCACCUCCAACUUCCAAAUAACUCUGAAUUCUCGUAACCCAAACGGCAAGAUUGGAAUCUACUACGACCGUCUCGACGCCUACGCUUCUUACCAGAGCCAACAGAUCACUUACGCAACGUCGAUUCCGGCGACCUAUCAAAGACACCAAGAAGUCAACGUUUGGUCUCCUUUCGUCGGUGGAAAGUCUGUCCCCGUCGCUCCGUACAACGCUUUGUCUCUUGAUCAGGAACAGACACGUGGUGCAAUCAAGUUAGUGGUUCACAUUGACGGUCGAGUUCGUUUUAAAGUUGGGGAUUACACCACUGGGACACGUCAUCUCUACGUUAGGUGUCCGGCGUAUAUCAACUCUGGGAAUAGUGCCGCCGGAGUUAGCGUUGGAAAUAGCGCCGUUAAGUAUACGCUCACCUCCACUUGCAGUGUUAGUGUCUGAAAAGGCGACGACUUAAACGGUGACGGAGAUAUCAGGCCACCGAUUUUUCUUUAUUAUUAAGUACUAUUAAAUAUUUCUAAUAAUUUCAUAGAAGUUAGUUUUUUUUUUUAAUUACGUACUAUUAAUUUCAUAGAGGUUAAGUUUUUUUUAUAGCAAGAAUUUACAAUCGGUUGCCUUAUUGUUAUGACAAGCUGUGAAGAAUGGAAACGGAAUUCAAUACUAUAGUUUUAUAUACUUCAAUUGGUGGAACUAUUGAUGGUGAUAUUUUUUUUUGGUUAAAAGAUCGAUGAUUAAAUUGAUAAAUGCAUCUUCUCUUGUUUCAUCGACUUUGAAGUCUUUGAUUUCGAGGGGAUCCAGUGUGACGACAAGUGAGUUAUUAAUUAAAAAUUAUAGUGAAACUUUUAGUCGGGAAGAUAACGACUCGUUCAUCUUACCUGUUUUAAUUAUUUGAUUUUUGUUGGGUUUUUCUUAAGCAGAAAUCAAGACCAAUUUCAUAUUACUUUUACCCCACACUAAAUGAAAACCUAAUGUAAUGUUUAUUUUCUCUUUUGUGCACUGCACCUAACCUUAAGUACACUCAAAGGAAAUUCUUAGUAGUAGUAGUAUGUUGAUUCGUUUUACCUCA